UGUGCCACUAAUGGUCGAACUCGACAGCUGUCGAGCAGGGUUCAGUUCCAAAUAUACGACAUUAUAGUUGCUAAAAUAAUAUAUGGAUAAAUGCAUUGGUAUUUAGAGAACAGAAGCAGUGUGUGAUUAUCCGGGUGUCCAGAAGGGAACCGUUUAGUGGACUGAUAUGGACCACGUCGAGUCAACACUGAACUAAACAAGAGAAAACUAUGGCUUCGGCACAACCUCCAAACUUCUCCUGGGUGGAUCCUGGUAAGGUGGCAGGACUGGCAAUGCCACGAAUGACGGCCCACUAUCAGUACCUGCUGGACAACGGCAUCAAGCACCUGGUGACCCUGUGCGAGCGCAAUCCUCCUUACCACGACACCUGUCCAGACCUCACCCUUCAUCAUAUCAAGAUUCACGACUUCUGCGCCCCCACAUUUGAUCAGAUCAAGAGAUUCUUGUCCAUAGUGGAGGAGGCCAAUGCGAGAGGACAGGCUGUUGCGGUGCACUGUUUGCAUGGUUUUGGCCGGACGGGGACGAUGCUCGCCUGCUACCUGGUGAAGAGCAGGAAAAUCAGUGGAAUCGACGCCAUUAAUGAGAUAAGAAGCAUUCGCCGAGGGUCUAUUGAAACCCGAGAGCAGGAACAAAUUGUGGUGCAGUUUCAUCAACAAAAUAAGGUGUAAAAUAAGAAAACUUUAAGAAAAUGUUUAUAUUUUUGA